CGCUGACUUUCAACCGUAUCCGUCUAUUUUCCGUCUGUAACGGUCUGUUACACGGGAACACCUGAAAUGUUGGAGCGGCGGGCUUGACUUCGCAAAAAGGAGAGACGGCUGGUUUGACUGCAGUUUCGUGGCUGUGUCAAAGGGUUGUGCCGUAAAGCAGUUCUUGUGUGGUAGUAACUUGUAGUCGUAAAGAUGAGCUUUUUAUUGUUUGUUUUUUUAAAAUAGUGAGACUUUACAAAGGUAGGUACAGGUGGGUGGGUCUGACAUUAUAACGGCACCAUUAACUGUAAUUCAGCGUUGAUUGAACGUAGCUAUAGCGAAAGUAAAGUUAGCCUCCUGUACUUGCUGUGCUUUCCUUAAGCUGCUCCUCCACCUCCACUUCAGCUAGCUAACUACGAACCGUACGGUUAGGUGGGAAAAUACCAUCCUCUGUCUCCCACGAUGCUCCUCUUCGCCCUGGUGUGCAGCCUGUCGCUGGCUGCCAUGGGGCAGCAGGUGGACGACGACUGGGUCGACCCAUAUGACAUGCUUAACUACGAUGCAAGCACCAAAACGAUGAAGAAGCCCACCGAGCCAGCAAACUACAACAAUGUGGCAACCAAAAGAAGAGAGUACACUCAGGACUCCAGCCAGGCCGAGCUAGCGUUGUGUAACACUCAGGCUGCGGAUCUACAGAAACAGGUUGAAGACCAAAAGAAGACGAUCGCACUCAUCUCACAGCAGGCCACGUGCAAUCCAGUGUUCAAGAGAUUUCUUAGCAGGCUCCUGAAGGCAGUACAAAAACUUGGUGUGCCCAGUGACUCCUCAGAUGUCUACUAUGAUGCCAAAAUCAGACUGUCCAGACAAGCCAUGACUGAGAUUCAGACACUUCUGGAGGGUGAAGACGGCUGCAGAACCGGGGCUCUGGACAGUGCCAUCAGUCAGAUACUGGUGGAUCUAAGACCACAUGACUACGAGGCCUGGAAGUGGAAUUUUGAAGACACUUUUGGCGUGGAGCUUGACACAGUAUUAAAAAUUGGUUUGUGUGUCCUGAUAAUCAUGGCCACCAUCUCCACUCAGCUGUGGUCAACUGUCUCCUGGUUCAUGCAGUUCCGCAGGCUGUUUGCUGUCUGCUUCUUCAUCAGUAUUGUCUGGAACUGGUUUUAUCUGUACAAGAUUGCCUUUGCUGAGCACCAAAACAAUAUAGUGAAGAUGGACAGUGUUAAUGAAAAAUGCACUGGAAUGAAGAAGAUUGACUGGAGUGAUAGUCUGAGAGAGUGGUUCAGAAGCACCUGGACUCUUCAGGAUGACCCUUGUAAGAGAUACUAUGAAGUCCUCAUGGUCAACCCCAUUCUGCUGGUACCUCCAACCAAGGCAAUCUCAGUUACCAUCACAACCUUCAUCACAGAGCCGCUGAAGCACUUUGGCCAGGGCAUCAGUGAGUUUCUUCGAGCCCUCCUCAAAGAUCUGCCAGUUACCCUGCAGAUCCCUGUUCUACUCACAAUCGUGCUUUCCAUUCUGGUAUUCAUGUAUGGAAGUGUGCAGGCGGCCUUCCAGCAUGGCAUCACUGCACCUCUACGCCGAAGGGAUCCACCACAGCCUCUGCGCCGGCGGAUCGAGGGCCGUAACCACUUAGCAAGAGGGGAUGCACCACAGCAACAGCUAGAAGGAGCAGACGAGGGAGAGCAUAGUCCCUCUACUGACUUAGAUUCGGAAGACCAGUUAGAGGCACAAGAGGAGCCAUCAGGAGCAAGUGCUAGCAGUGUUGCUGCUAACGCAGCCCAAACAAGAACCAAACCCACUCGGUCAGAUUUAUCUCAAUCAAAGGAUAAAGCUUUGAAAAAGAAUGAGCGUCGCUCUCAGGAACAACCCAGCAGAGACGAUGCAGUGCUAAGGCAUCGGCCAGCAAGAAGGCGGCCUUCACAAACAGAUGUUCAGGAUCUGGAAGCCUCAGCUGAAGACAGGACCUCUUCCCUCUCACCCACACACACUGAAGGUGUCUCAGUUCCCGUUCAGGAGACGUGUCAGCUACCAGAGGAGUAGACGGCUUCCUCACUGAUCAAAGCAGCAACAUUAGCGUCGUCAGUGUUUAUUGACAUACGUUGCUGAAAUGCACAUCGAAGACAUUUUAAAGGUAGCCCAAUGUGGAACCACCACACCAGAGUUGCCAACUAAACUUAUCUUGUUGCUGCGCGGUCACAUGAAUGUGCCUUUACCUGAGACGACUCACCAGCACUGUUUGGUGAAUCUGCUUAUUAUUUUCAUGAUGAUUUCAGCUGAGCUUUGUUUCCUCAGUCAGAGAGAGCAAAACAUUCAGUCAACUGCACAACAGCCAGACUAAAACAGCUAUCAGGGUAACAGAAGACAGAUAGUGUCUUCUGUAAUUUAAAAGGGAUAACAGUAUUUCUUCUUUGCUUUUUUUUUUUUUAAAUAAGAUAUUUUUGUUGGAAUUAAUUGUAUAUCUGUAGAGGGCUUGAGAUGCUGAUGCUGAAGUCAGUUUUGCUGAGCAGAAGUGAUGCUUUCUUUCUUUAUGAGAAAGGUCAGACUGCUUGUACAAAGCAUGACAGAGUUGAAGAGUUAAAGUCAUAAGUCAGUAAAAAUAAUUAAUUCUCAGGAAAAUGUCUUCUGGCUCCCAAAUUAACAAAAAAAAAAAAUGUCAGAACAUAUUGGAGCAUUUAGCUGCCAGAUAUUUCCUGUAAGAAGAACUAAAAGCAGCUUUUUGCUAAAU